AUGUUCAACAUCGAAUCCACAGCCGAUCCUACCGCACUCGAUGACGGAACCUACCUCUUCGACCAAACUCACGAUGAUCUCCUAUCGAUGCCAAUGUCCAAUGAUAGUAUACAUCUGAAAGGCGGCAUCACACCUAUACCUGGGUUUAGUAACUUGGGCUACGGCCGGGAAUCGAGUGCAUCGUCCGUGCACUACGGCGAUUCUCACGAUACAUCGGAACUGGGUACAAGUCACGAGGGAGAAGGGUCUACCCCAAGCGCUUUCGUUAAUGGAUAUGGGACCAACUAUACUCCUUCGCCACUGCAAAAACCAUUCACACCAAACUCAGCCAUCAACGGCAUGACUAAUACUCAGAACAAACAAAUAUCGCAUUUGAACGACGACAAUUCGCAUGCGAUUCCUAACGGAAACGACGCGAAACCCCAUCUAUCAUUAAGGAAUCAUCGAGGGGAUGCUGCAUUCAUGGCAAGAACACCACAAAGCCUGAGUCGCGCAUCACAAUCAUCUUCAACUCCUGAGCUCCCACAGCCGCACGAGCAACAGAAGAAGCAUCGGAGAACAAAUUCGCUCCCGGUAAAAGGGAAAGUCAACGAGAUGAAGGCAAAUUCAAGCAUACCUGCAGAGCUCUCGUGGCCGGAGUUUGGCCGACAGUGCAUUCUAGCAGCGGAGAACAGCCGGCUGAAUCCGUUCACCUUACAUCCUGCUGAGUACAAGCUGUUACGAGAACAUGUAACUCACGCCCAGGUCACCAUUUAUCUGAACAUCAGGAAUGCGAUACUUCGGCUAUGGCAUCGCAAUCCUCUGGUGUAUGUCUCUUUCGAAGAAGCUGCAGGAUGCGCCCGCGACAAGCGCCAUUUCGGUCUAGCGAGGAUAGCAUAUCUAUGGCUUAUGCGGAACGGCUAUAUCAAUUUCGGAUGUGCUGAAGUACCUGACACUACCGGUACACUCCCAAAAUCGAAGGUCAAAGUCGCACGCAGACGUUCAAUCAUCGUGGUCGGUGCAGGUAUGUCAGGAUUAGGAUGCGCUCGCCAUCUGGAAGGAUUGUUCGCCCAGCUAGGUGAUCAAUUAACAGAAGCGGGCGAACUUCCACCGAAGAUCACAAUACUAGAAGCUCGUCCGCGUGUUGGUGGCCGGGUUUACUCGCAUCCUUUUCUCAAUCAGCUCAGCUCAACGCUCCCUCCUGGACAUCGUUGUACAGCUGAGAUGGGCGCCCAGAUCGUCACCGGAUUCGAGCACGGCAACCCGUUGAACGCGAUCAUCCGAGGUCAGCUCGGUAUACCCUACCAUGGCCUCCGCGAUAAUACUAUACUAUACGACUACGAUGGGACAGUGGUGGAGAGAAGCCAGGACAUCCUGGUUGAGAAGCUGUACAAUGAUGUCUUGGAAAGAGCGGCAGUAUAUCGGAACAAGCCAGCGGCUCGUAGGACAGUGGAGGGUGAUCGUAAUUUGAUGGCCUUUGGUCGUGAGCCAGCCGAUGUCGACGGGCCUACCGUUGCUGAGCUAGAACACUCUGAUGCUCCUUUGGUCGCGAAUGCUACGAGCACAGCGUCAACGAAGCAAGAAAAACCAACAACGGGGGUAGAGAAGCUAGCGGGCAGGGCAUAUCAGCUCAGCGCAGGCUUCAACCCGGAUGUUACGGCAGCUCAAACGGUCCAAAGUAUGGGUUGGGAGCUCAAAGCGGGUGCAUCAAAGAUGCAGUCUUUAGAUCUCGAUACGAUUGCGAGAGCAUCCGAGUAUCCCACACUUGGACAGACAAUGGACGAAGGUCUCCUUCAGUAUCAAUCACUGGUUGACCUCAAGCCUAGAGACAUGCGUUUGUUGAGUUGGCAUCACGCCAAUCUCGAAUAUGCGAAUGCUGUCAGCGUCAACCAGCUUAGCUUAAGCGGCUGGGAUCAGGAUAUUGGCAAUGAAUUCGAGGGCGAACAUAGUGAAGUAAUAGGAGGCUAUCAACAAGUCCCGCGCGGUCUAUGGCAAUGUCCCAAUCGAUUGGAUGUCCGCUUUAGCACCCCCAUCAAAGCCGUUCAUUACAAUACCGACGAUCAGCAUAAAGGCAAAGCUGUUAGGAUUGAGUGCGCAAAUGGCGAGUUUUAUGAGGCCGACCAGGUCGUUCUGACCACCCCUCUGGGAGUGCUGAAGUCCGGAUCGAUCAAGUUCGAACCUCCUCUCCCUGACUGGAAGCAGGACGUUAUCGAACGAAUGGGUUUUGGUCUCCUCAACAAGAUUGUUCUGGUGUACGAAAAAGCCUUCUGGGAGCCAGACCGAGACAUGUUCGGCCUGCUCAACAAAGCAGAAGACGAAGCCAGCAUGCGACCCGAAGACUACUCUGCCAAACGUGGAAGGUUCUAUCUCUUCUGGAACUGUAUAAAGACGAGCGGAAAGCCAGUGCUGAUAGCGCUAAUGGCAGGCGACGCUGCUCACUACGCCGAAGCGACAUCGAACGAUCAGCUCGUCAAAGAGGUUACGGACCGGCUCGAUGCGAUGUUCGCACCGAACCACGUUCCUCUGCCGUCAGAAGCGAUUGUAACGCGGUGGAAGAGAGACCCAUUUGCUCGAGGCAGCUACUCAUAUGUUGGGCCAAAGACACAGGCAGGCGACUACGAUGUGAUGGCGCGACCACAUGGCCCACUGCACUUUGCGGGUGAAGCGACUUGUGGCACACAUCCCGCAACGGUGCACGGCGCGUACCUGUCAGGCCUCCGGGUCGCUGCAGAGGUUGCUGAGACAAUUUUGGGGCCCAUCAAGAUACCAAGUCCACUGGUUGAGAAGAAGGUGAUCAAAGUAGAACAAUCUCCAGCGACACCCAGCAUAGAGACGAAGCGCCGAUUCGAGCCCGCCGUUACAACAUCAACACUAAGAGAGGACAAACCUGGGCGGGUACAACGCGACGAAGACUACGAAGCUGCUAUCAUAGGGGCUAUUCUAGACCAAAUUGGUGAACGUCCAAUCAAGCCAGGACGUACAGGUGUCAACCCCUUCCUACUGUUCACCAAAGACUUCUGGUACAUCUGCAAGCAGGAGUGCGAUGACGCUCACAAAGCGAGGACAGGCAACCCCGAGGCCAAAGCACCGAAACAGGAGAUUCGUAAUGCAGUUGGCUUGAGGUGGCGCACAGCAGAGCAAGAAGUCAAACAGCCGUACCUGGACCAAGCCAGUACUGCACGAGACGAUGCGACGGCGAGCACAGCAGACUUUAAAGAACGCGUAGAUACGUGGGACAAGGAAGCUGCACGCAUACGGCGCGAUCCUCCUCCAUCGUCUGCACCCCACCCUUCCCUGCUUGCGCACUACACCCCAGCCAUGAGUUCCUUUUUCAGUCGCAUCAAGUCUGGUGCUCCACCCUUGAGCCCAGCGACCGGCAGCAUACCCGUCAAGAAGGACCCCAACGCGCCCGAGGUCACGCCGCUCGAGAAGCUGCUCCUCAACGCCGGCCCUCUGCGCGGCGACGGCAGCGACAAGUUCUUCGGCUUCGAGAAUGUAACACGUGGUAUGCAUCCGCCUCGCCCACUCCCGCUUCAACCCAUGCUGACUGACUGUCUGCCCACCAGCUACUGCAACUCCAUAGUACAGUGUCUCUACUACUCGGUUCCCUUCCGAGAACAGGUCAUCAACUUCCCCGCCCGCUCGCCCCCAGAAGCCCUCGAGAGGCCCUCAUCAGGCCUGCCCAGACUCAAUACAAACCUCCAAAAUGGCCAGACUUCAGCCCUCUCCCCCACGGGCCGCACAUCGCUCUCCAGCCCAAAUGCGAGAAGUCCCGCAAAGCCUGCAACCACGCCAGGCGCCACCAACCAGCCUCCAGGCACCAAGCCCGAGGACAACAAGGACUCGCCCGAGUACAAGAAGAAGCAGGCCUUGGCCGCUGGCCCUGUGCUGCAGAUGGACUACGAGAACGCAAACGCAUACGGCAUGAACGAAUCGCUGUUUUCAUCACUAAAAGACAUAUUCGAAGCUGUAAUAGCACACAGGUCGCGCAUAGGCGUAGUCAGCCCACACAAGCUUCUGGAGAUACUGCGGCGAGACAAUGAGAUGUUCCGGACGCCCAUGCACCAGGACGCACACGAGUUUCUCAACUUACUGCUCAACGAAGUUGUAGAGAACGUUGAGCAUUACUCCAAGACACGCCCAGCCCAGGUCGAGGACGUGACUGAGAACGAGGAGACAAUGACCGAUGGCGAAGUUGUGACCGCGCGAAACUCAGUAGCCUCUGCAAAGUCGAAUUCUGGAUGGGUACAUGAACUGUUCGAAGGCACAUUAACAUCCGAGACACGAUGUCUCACAUGCGAAAAUACCUCGCAGCGAGACGAGGCAUUCCUGGACCUCUCUGUCGAUCUGGAACAGCAUUCGUCCGUGACGAGCUGUUUGCGCAAGUUCUCAGAAGAAGAGAUGUUAUGUGAGCGGAACAAAUUCCAUUGCGACAACUGCGGAGGCCUGCAAGAGGCGGAGAAGAGGAUGAAGAUUAAGCGGUUACCCAAGAUUCUUGCUUUACAUCUCAAGCGCUUCAAGUACACGGAGGAUCUCCAGCGACUGCAGAAGCUCUUCCAUCGCGUUGUAUAUCCCUUUUACCUCCGGUUGUUCAACACCACCGACGAUGCAGAAGACCCAGAUAGGUUAUACGAGCUUUAUGCAGUAGUGGUCCACAUAGGAGGUGGUCCCUAUCAUGGUCACUACGUAUCCAUCAUCAAGACACAAGAUCGAGGCUGGUUACUCUUUGACGAUGAAAUGGUUGAGCCGGUUGACAAGGCCUAUGUCAGGAACUUCUUUGGUGGAGAGAAUGUCCUGGCUUGCGCCUAUGUCUUGUUCUACCAAGAGACAACAGAAGAAGCCAUGAUGAAGGAGCAAGAAGCCGACGCCCUAGCUGCAGCAGAGCAAGCCGCCAAAAUGACACAGGAAGAAGUCACAACACCGAAAGCGAAUGGUGCCAACGGUCAGGCGUAUCAUGCUUUCAACAAUGCAACGACACCUACGUUGGAAGAGGCCGAUAAGUUCGCGAGCCUCGAUCACGCAGCUACUGCUCCGCCACUUGCCCACGUUGAAACAAACACCGACCAUCACCCAGUCGAACAUACCACAACACAAGUACCUGUCCUCGGUGCGCGGAAAAGCAACCUUGGGCUCUUUGGUAAAGGCAAAGAAGAGAAGGAGCGCAAGGCUCAAGAAAAGGAGCUUGAGAAGCAAGCGAAGCAGAAACGCAAAGAGAUGGAAAUCCAACGACGCGAAAACUACCGCAAACAAGAAGACGAACUUCGUGCAGCGCUCGAAGCUAGCAAAGCAUCAGCGGUGGAAGAGGAGAAGAAGCGCGUUGCGAGUGGCGAGGUGCCACCUCCCACAACUGCUGGUGCGGGAGGCGACAAAGAGAAAGCGGCGAACGGCUUUGGAAGCGUCAAGGGCAUGAGCGGAUUGAGUCGUUUUAGGCAUACCUCGAUGAGUCUCAAAGGCAAACCCAAGUUCUGGGGUAAGGACAAGCAAGACGACGAGCCCAAUCCGCCCGAUACACCGACCACAGACACGGACAAGGACGGCAAGAACCGUUUCAGCUUAGGAAGGAAGAAGAGCACGUUCAAAUUCUAG